CUCUCCGACGCUGCGGACGUGUGUGUUGUUCGUUGUCCGCCAAAUAUACAACAAUAAAAUCCAGCGAUCGCCAACAACAACAGCAAGAUAAUGUUUGUGUGUGCUUGUGUUUGUGCCUUAGUUAAUUUGAAAUCAAAUGAUUGAUUCGAAACCAAACAAAUAAAUGGAAGUGUAGCAACAACAAGGCGACGUUACGUCAUGACUGUCACUGUCGCUUUUGUUGUUGUGUUGGCAUACUUUCAAUGCUAGUGUGUGUAUGCGGGAAAACAAUUGUUUUGCGCCAAGCCAACAAUAAUUAUUAAAAUAAAACGAAAAGAGAGAGAGAGAACGAGACGGCAGGCACUCGAAAGCUUGGCCCCGUUCCAUUGCCACUGCGUUCCAAAUAUUGUUUACAGUGGGACAACAGCGGCGAAAACAUCUACAUCUGCUGCGCUGCGGCGAAAACAUCUAUCUGCUGCGGCGUUUUUAAAGCGAAAUCAGUCGUCAGUCAGUUCGGUUGCGGACCGGACGUCGUGAUAUAAAAAUAUAAAAUAAAUAAAAUUCGCCCAAAAAUGUGCACAGAAAAGUGUCUAAAAGCCAAGUUUAAACAAAUUUAAUAUAGCGCAAUUCCUAAAUCAAUUUUAAUCGGGAAAUAUUCAAAGCAAAGUUUUUUACGCUCAUUGAAACUUUGCGUAUUAAAAAUAAAUGCAAACCAAGCUUAAAAACACCUAGAAAAUCAGUAGGAAACCCCAAACAAAACAACAACAAACAAGCGUUAAGCAUCAACAAGCAGCAACAAAACAAAAGUGAAACAAAAUAAAUACCAGCAAAUAAUAAAUAAAUAAACAAAACCACAGAUACAACACACAUACACACAUACAUAGCCAGCGUUCCUGUACUCAAAAGCAUUCCUAAUAGCCGCAAAAAAAUAAUAAUAACAAAUACAAAAGAAAUAACACAAAUUCAAAGCAGCAAUAAUAACACUAAAAAAAAUUAACAGAGAUCAACAAAAGCAACAAAUAAAGUUAAAAUUCAAUUUACAACUGAAGAGCUACAAAAUAAAGCCAUGUUUAUAAGUGUUGCAUAGAUAAAUUCGUCAAAAAAAGUGUCACAAAAAGUGUCGAAAGAGAAGCCUCAAGCUUAAAUAAAUUUAGGAAAUUUAUGCCCUUAAAAUAGCGCAAUUCCUAAAUCAAUCUAAUCUUCAAAAUAUAGUUAAAACCAAUUUCCAACAAAAUAAAUCCAAGAAAAGAAAAGAAAAACGUCGAAUAAAGGUCGCUUGUUGCUAAUCGCCAUUAGUUUAUCCGUGUGCCUGGCCUGUGGCAGUGUGUUGGUGGCCGCGAUUGCCCUGCGCCGCUCAGCCAACGCAACAGCAACACUAGCAGCAGCAGCAGCAGCAACAGCAGCAACAUCGACAGGAGCAACAUCAACCGCAGCAACAACGCGCAGGAUACGGCACAAACGUCGCUCGUCGCAACGACGGCGCAGCAACAACAGCGCGGUGCUGUCAUCUGGGAUUGGGAUUGGCAUCGGGAUCGGGCUUGGACUGGAAACCAACUCGGCUCUGGCCCUGCCACUGGCAACACCAUCAACAUCGGGCUCCACAGCAGCGGAUCACACGGCUAUAGCAGCGGCAGCAACAACAGCAACAGUAUCGACAGCAGCAGCAGCAACAGAAACAACAACACUUUUGCCAAACGAGCCGGAACAUUCUGUACCCAUGCUAUCGGUACAGACGGCCGGCUGCGCGGGAAUGGAGCGGCUCGGCGUUCCGACCCGCACAUCUUUGAGCACACCACCCGAUGAUAGGGAUCAAUUUAGAUGUAGAAUGCGCGUGGAUGCGCUCCAGGCACGUGAGCUUCUGGCUGUACGUGGCGAGACUGUGAUUCGUGGCGCCGGCAACAAUCAGCACCAGCAACUUCAGCAGCAACACCAUCUCCAUCACAGCAGCAUCAGCAGUAGUAGCAGCAACAAGCAACAACAUUCCCACCACCAGCAACAACGCAUGACAACUCCAAGCACGCACAGCUCCGGCGGAGGAGGAGGAGGAGGCGGUGACCACCACCAGCUGAGCAGCAGCAGCAGCAACAACAACAAUAGUAUUAGCAGUAAUGUGGCGAGAGGCGGCAUAGAAGCCACCACCCUCAAGUAUGGGAACACGGGCAGCGGGAGCGGGAGCGGUUGCUACAAAGGCGACUGCGGCAACUCCUCAUCCGGAUCCUCGUGCAGUUCGCUGCAGAGCCACAGCAACGACCACCACCAACAUUACCAGUACCAGCUGCAGCAGCAGCAGACGCCCCGCUGUCCCCAUCACGUACCACUGCCGGACAGCGAGUACGGACAAGAUCGACACCUGCAGAUAAGGAGCAGCUAUCAGCAAUCGGAAAUCACUAGAUCGUACACUAAGCCGCCGCCCAACAAGACGGUGCGGGAUGUGCCCGAGCAGAUCUCGGCGGGCGGCUGCGGCAUCUCCAGCUCCAGCUACCGUCUCACCACGCUCCAGGCGGCCUCCUCUACGUACACGCCCGCGGGCGUGUCAGUGUCCGCCUCCUCAUCGUCCAGCAAGUCCAAGCCGAAUGUCAUAACCAAGUUCUUCUCACGGAUCAGUUCGCCCAAAUCGCCACCGAGCUGUACGAUGUCCUCGGUCGCCUCUCCAUCCCCUCCAUCCUCCGUGUCCAUGUCGUCGUCUGCCUCCUCGCUGGCCUCCUCCGCCUGUGUGUCCACCUCGUCGUCGGCUUCUUCCCUGGCGGCUGCGCCCCUGCCCACGCUGCCGAUAUCCAAUGCUUCGCUGCUGAAGAGCACGGCCUGUGGCUACGGCACAAAUCCCAGCGGGACGCAUAUCUACGCGGGAUUGGGGCCCAGUACGCAACUGCUGACCAGUCUGGGAACCGGAGCGAGCGGCAAUUGCAGCCCCGAACGGAUACCCACACCGCCGCUGUCCGUCUCCGUGCCAAUUGGAGCUGGCCUGCAGCCGCUGAGGAGCAGCAGCAGCGGGAGUAGCAGCAGCACCGCCAGCCUACCCGCCGUCGAGACAAGCACAACAACAGCCACCACUCAGUCUUCCUUUGCCGCCGGAGCGACGGGGGAUUUCCCGCUGACCACGAUGAGCCGCAAUAAUUCCAACUCUAGCAUGAUGAGCUGCCACUGCAGCUGCAAUAGCCGGAAUUGCAGCCACUGUGCGGCCAACUCAUAACUGAGCUCGUGUUAAGUUUAACUACAUUAAAAUAUAGGCGGUGGUGCAGAAACCACUGGAGAUUUUAGAACAUUAGUUAAGUUUUAAGUUUUUACUAGCCCUGCUGUAACGAUAAAUACUAAAUGAUU